AUGAAGUUCACAUUGGAAAAGUGGGAGUGGGGAGGGGGGCGCUCAUCCCCACCACCCACCGUUCCUGAGAUGGGUAGUAAAGAAAGAAAACUGAAUGGAGUGGAUGGUCAAUAUGACUCUUCAACAGAACUCCACAGACAUGGAAGAGACACUGGCAAUAUUCAAAAUGAUAGAAGUUCUAGAUUCGAAAGCAGGACAGAUGUGCCACAAGAGCAACGCGCGGUGAUUAUAGGUCGCAGCCACCAAAGAAACGUGCCCAAAAAUAUAUCUCAUGACGUACUGAAAACAUGGGUGGACAUGCAGGACGCCGGUCAGCUAAUUUUGACCAUGACUUCAGAACUGCCACAGCUGGAGGUGCUAUUAAACCAAGCCAAGAUAAGUGACUACAUGAUUGACCUACUUGUAGACGCCAUCAGCCAUGCUUUGACUGCCCAACAUCAGAAGGAGUCCAUACGACAAUUGUUAGAUAUUCUCUGCAAAACUAAGUUCAUGGGACAUUUGACAGAUCACCUGAAGUACAAGGAGAUUACUAAAGAGACAUGGAAUGAUGCCAAGGAUUUCUUUACGUCGUACUUACGUAUACUGAAGGAGAUUCUGGACAAACUACCUCAGUAUGCACAUAUUUGUGCUUCCAAGGUAUCAGAACUUUCACAGUCUGUUACCCAGUGUGAAUCCAUAAAAACAAAAGCGUCAUUGUUAAACGAAAUAACAGAGCUUACUGAAAAAAAACCAUUCAUUCGUGCAGCGGAGAUCGAAGGAGGAUAUAAAAACAUUCAACAUUAUCUCGACGUCCAGUUCAGACUUAUGAGAGAAGAUUUCAUUUACCCGCUAAGAGACGCUAUAGUAAACUUUAAACAAGCUGGUUGCAAGAAAUACUUUAACUCUUCAGAUGUUAAAUGUUUCUGCGCCGAAAUAUUCAGCCGAGCACUGAAACGCUUUAUAUUUGGUUCACUGUUAUGUCUAUCAAAAGAUGACUUUGAGUCUGCUAUUUUUGCCAUAGUAACCCAAUGCGACAAGGAUAAGCUAGCCAAAGGUAUUGUCAUUGUUAAUUUCAAAACAGGGCUAGAUGAAGUAUUUAGCUCUACUUCAAAUGAUAUGUACAUUAUGGCACAAACAACAGCUUACUUCGAAUCUUACUGUCAUGUUCUUGAAGGCCUUCAAGAGAUGGUCUCUAAACUGCCACUGCAAGAUUACAUCCUUCACUGUAAGACAGAAAUCAAGCCACCGCAGUAUUUGUUAUCUACUGGUAGCGUACGUCGUGUGCCUCGAUUUGAUCUAUCAUGUCUAACGGAAAGCAAGCUGUCAUGUAAGAGAGAGGCUGCUCAGUUAGCACUGACCAAAGAAUUGGCGAUCAUUCAAGGACCUCCGGGUACAGGGAAAACGUACGUAGGUCUGAAAAUCAUGCAAGUGUUGUUAGAGAAUAAAGAUACCCUAAAGGGGAGUGAUUUGAAAUCCAAUGACCCUAUCCUUGUCGUCUGCUACACAAACCACGCUCUUGAUCAGUUUCUGGAAGGCGUUCUUAACUUGUGUCCUGAUGGCAUCGUUCGUGUUGGGGGUCAGAGCAAAUCAGAAAAACUUCAAAAGUUUAACUUAACAGAGUUAAAACAAAACCAACAUCUUCAGAAAGCUUACGUGAAACAAUCAGUUAAGGAAAGCAGUGUAGAAAUGGACAAGUUAUCUACGCAGAUAAAUCAGCUCAGAGAAAUCAUGGAGUCUCUGGAGACAGAGAUAAUAAGUGAGACAUUGUUGGAGGCUUUUAUCAAACCAUCUCACUACGACUCUCUUGUAAGAACAAGAGAACAAAUAAAUAACCCUGGACAAAUAAACCUCUGGCUGAGAACUGAUAACAAUAGUAUUAAAUCAGUGAUACCACAGAUGAUCAAAGAACAUCUGACCACUCUUGUCUUGACAUUAGAGAUUCCAUUCUCAGUUAGAAAAUUAUCAAAAGCAAUGAAACCUUCUCUGGAAAAAAUGUCCAAGUAUUUAACAUCGGACAACAAUGAGUUUGUUGCACCCAGUGAUGGAAUUAUUGAAAGUUGGCUUCUAGGGCUGAACAAGCACUUAAAAACUCAGUUAGAUGAUGUUGAGUUUAUAAUGAAUCACAACAAGAAAUUGGAAGUAAAUAAUGUCUAUUUUGAUGAUGUUUAUAAUAGAGAACAGAAUGACCGGAUGGUAGAUGACGAUGGUGAGAAUGUUGCGACGAAUGAAGAAACACAAUCACUUGGAAUCAUUGAUGACAUUUCCACUGAGCAAGAGGAAGAGGAGGAGGCGUUGGAAGAAUGGAAAAUACACAUGAAACCAUUGCAUAUUAUAAAAGUGUGUCACAAACUCAGAGUAAUAAAACCAGCAUCAGAAGAGACUGAAAAAAGCGUUACAAAUGUUUGGAAUCUAGAAAUGAAUGAAAGAUUUUCCUUGUAUAAUUUAUGGAUCAAGAGAUACAAACAGAGUCUUGCGCAAAAAAUGCACGAGCUUGUAAAUAAGUACACAUCUUUGCAAGAGAAGAAACAGCAGGCUAAGAGUGAAGAGACAUUGUAUGUACUACGACAUGCCAAAGUGAUUGGAAUGACAACUUCCGGAGCCGCCAGACUCAGGGGUGUCCUACAAGCUGUAGGCUGUAGAAUUAUAGUUGUUGAAGAAGCAGCAGAAGUCUUGGAAUCUCACAUUGUGACAUCUCUGAACGAAAACUGCAAACAUCUCAUCUUAAUCGGAGAUCAUCAACAGCUGCGACCUAAAACAACAGUCUACCAGCUAGCCAUAGAAUUUGGUCUCGAAAUCUCCUUGUUUGAGAGACUCAUCAAGAACAAAGUCCCACAUGUAAUGUUAAAAGAACAACACAGAAUGCGACCAGAGAUUUCUCAAAUAUUGCGUCAUAUCUAUCCAGAUCUUCAGGACCAUCCGUCUGUCACAAACUAUGAAAAGAUCCGUGGCGUGUCAAAGAAUAUUUUCUUUAUUCAACACGAUCACAAAGAAACACAUUUGGAUGACUCAAUGAGCAAAGCAAACGCACACGAGGCCAAGUUCCUUGUAGCAAUGUACCGUUUCUUAUUAAAACAAGGAUACAAUGCCUUCCAGAUAACUAUGUUAGCUACAUAUGCAGGGCAAAUCUCUGAAAUAUAUAAAACUCUUGAUACAGAGGAGAAGGAGGAUGUUAACUUAACGACUGUAGAUAACUACCAGGGUGAGGAAAAUGACAUCAUUCUUUUGUCUCUUGUACGGAGCAACGCUGAAAAGCAGACUGGCUUUCUCAAAGUGGACAACAGAGUCUGUGUGGCUUUGUCACGCGCAAAGAAAGGUCUCUAUGUCAUUGGCAACUUUGAUCUAUUGGCUUCUCAAAGUAAGCUCUGGAGUAAAAUCGUUGGUACAGCAAAAGCGGAACAGAUAAUUGGUACUGGUCUUCCCGUUAUUUGUGAAAAGCAUCCCGAUUUUCAAAGGCUCAUGACCUCGGACAAAGACUUUGAAAAAUGUCGCGAAGGAGGCUGUGGACGACUAUGUCAGUUUCCUCUGCUGUGCGGACAUACCUGUACUCUGACAUGCCAUGGGUAUGAUCCCGAACAUCUUCAAUACAAAUGCAAGAAAGCAUGCAAUAAAAAAUGCGAAGCCGGUCAUUCCUGCAUAAAACUAUGCAAUGAAGCUUGCGGGAAGUGCUACGUGCUAAUUUCAAAGAUAAUUCCAUUAUGCGGUCAUGAAGAUCAAGUAGCCUGUUCUCUACCAGCAGAAGGGGCUGUUUGUGCACAAAGAUGCGAGUAUAUCCUUGACUGUGAGCACCGGUGUUCCGGCAAAUGUGGUCAGUGCAGGAAGAAAAAAGAGCACACUAAAUGUACUGCACCGGCUUCGUACAAACGGGAAUGUGGGCAUACAGAAAAAGUUGCCUGUCACUUGAUCCCUCCACAGCAUCCUUGCAAUCAGCCUUGUGGGGCAGUGCUUCAGUGUGGCCACAUAUGCCAAGGGACAUGUGUAGAUUGUUUAAGAGGAGCAGUUCAUGUAGCAUGUGAAGAGUACUGCGAGAAGAAACCUUGCGGCCACCCCUGCAGGGAAUAUUGUGGUGUCCCUUGCUCACCUUGUAAAAAGCCAUGUCCAUUUCAGUGUCGCCAUGGUUCAUGCUUCAACAAAAAGCCACGUCCACUUUGCGGGCAUGCAUGUGAACCUUGUAUGGAAAACUGCCUCUAUGGAUGCAAACACGGUUGGUGUAGCAAGAAAUGCUCAGAAAACUGUGACGUCACUUGUAAACAGUCGUGUGAUCGGGUACAGAACUUUCAAAGAAAUAAUGAAACUCAAGACAAGUGUUCUGGGCUUAUGUGGAAAGCUUUGCUUGGAAAACAGAUAAAAAAUGGACCUUUGAUAAAAAUUCCUACAUGUAAUCAUGUUUUCUUUGUUGGGGAUUUAGAUGAUUACGUGUAUGGCUUUGGCCACCAUGGCACUAGCUACAUCCAGUGCCCCAAAUGUGAAAAACAUAUUUUAAAAUGCAGACGUUAUGAAGCCAUUAACAAAUCAAGAAGCCGAAAUAGAGAGGCUGCAAAAAAGAAACUUGUACAGUAUCACAGCAAUUUACUAAAAAGCACAAAAAUGAUUUAUUGA